ACCGCGCCACCGGGGCGCUCAAAAGCGAGGGCGCAGACAGAACAGGGUGGGUGCAGGAGAGCUGAACGUACUGUGGGUGGGGGGCCAGGGAAAGCUCUUUACAGUGUUAGGCAGUGAAUGCAAUUCAAGUACCGUGCGAAGCGCAGCAUCGGAGCCCGGUGAAGGGAGAGGCAAGGAGCAGCAGAAACACGGAGCGCGUGCUCGUUCCCACGCUUCAGCCCCGCAGGGAGGAGACACGCAGAGGAGGAAAGAUUCCCCCAAACACAGUGAGAGCGUCGGAUGAGGAGAAGAGGAGAGCGGAGGGCAUCGGAUAGGCUACCAAAAGGAUGGCAGCUCCAGACUUAUUGGACCCCAAAUCCGCCACUCACAACACCAAGCCCCGCCUCUCCUUCUCCACAAAGCCAAUCACAAUGACUCCCCGGGAGGAGAUUGAGGUUGUUGCCACAGUGAUGAAAUGGAAGACAGUGUCAGCCAUCUUUCUGUUGGUGGUUCUGUACCUCGUGAUGGGGGCAGCCGUCUUCAGAUCCCUGGAGCAGCCUCAUGAGAGUGCCCAGCGCUUGGCCAUCCUGACCCAGAAGCUGGAGUUCUUGUCCAGGCAUCCCUGUGUCAACCAGAGCCAGCUGGAGGAGCUGGUGAAGCAAGUUGUGUCUGCAGUACGUUCGGGAGUUAACCCUGCAGGAACACUGACCAAUCACAGCAGCCUGUGGGACUUGAGCUCCGCCUUUUUUUUUGCUGGGACUGUCAUCACAACCAUUGGUUUCGGGAACAUUUCUCCCCACACUGAAGGCGGCCGGAUCUUCUGCAUCGUCUAUGCGUUACUGGGGAUCCCUCUGUUUGGCUUCCUCUUGGCUGGUGUGGGAGAUCAGCUUGGCACCAUAUUCGGCAAAGUCAUCACCAAAGUGGAGAAGAUGUUUGUGCACUGGAGCAUCAGUCAGACCAAGAUCCGCGUCAUCUCCACCCUGCUGUUUGUGUUGUUUGGAUGCUUGCUGUUUGUAGCUCUCCCAGCGGCCAUCUUUAAACACAUCGAGGGCUGGUCUGCGCUCGAGUCUCUUUACUUUGUAGUCAUCACCCUGACUACCAUAGGAUUUGGAGACUUUGUGGCAGGUGGUUCAGAAAUAGAGUACUUGGAUUACUACAAACCAGUCGUAUGGUUCUGGAUUCUGGUUGGCCUAGCUUACUUUGCUGCCAUUCUCAGCAUGAUAGGAGACUGGUUCAGAGUAAUCUCCAAGAGGACCAAAGAAGAGGUUGGAGAGAUCCGAGCUCACGCUGCAGAGUGGACAGCAAACGUCUCUGCUGAGUUCAAGGAAACACGUCGCCGUGUCAGUGUCGAGAUCUACGAUAAGUUCCAGCGUGCUGCUUCAAUUAAACGCAAACUGUCUUCAGAGCUGGGAUUCAGCCCAACUCCUGAGUUCACGCUGCCCAAGAGGACUGUAUCGGUCAAUUUCAAUGAUGAACGAGACAAGAACGAGAAGGAGGCCGUGCUGCAGGGCUUGACCACACCUUUGGCUAGAAAUGGAGGAUCUUUCAUGAACGGUUUGGACCCUGAGAGGGGAGAUUUUAUUGAACACGUCAAGUAGAAUUUACCACCCUUUUGAAGGUCUCUCUGUAGCCUUUCUAUUGUUGAUGACAUCACGGCACAUAGCUGUGAGCUGCUUGAAAUGAGGCAUUUUUUAUUCCUAACUCAAGUAAAAUGGGCCAGUAUGGACAUCUACGCCCAUCUACAUGGAUGACAGCUUUUUUAGAACUGUACGGUACAUUUUUGACAAUGGGGAACUUUUCCCUUCAUCACCCUCUGACUAUCAGUGGAACAAUUAGCGAGAAGAACACACAGGACAUGAGAUGAACUCCUUUAAAAUUGACAAUACUGGCUAUCUGGCUACCGAAUCUCAUGGAUGGUGAUUGCCAAGUAUUUACAGUUUACUCAAGCAAAAAAAGAGAAACAUUUAUAUUUCCAGAAUUCUAGUAAGUGGUGACCUUUUCUCAAAAAGUUAGAAAAAACAUCAUGAGGGCUGUUUUGUCUGAAGCACUCCAAUAGCUGACCUUGUAAACAAUGAAACAGUUUUACUUCACAGCUUUACUACUUGGGAUUUCUUUUUAAUUCUCUCUCCAUUGGGCGGCUUACAGUUUGGAGAUUGAGAUGGAGGGAGAGAGAGAGAGAGAGAGAGAGAGAGAUGAAGCCAUGGACAGUGCGGUUACUGUAUAUGGUGGGCUAUAUACAGUAAAUAUAUAGAUCAGUCAAGUGUCUUUAUUAAUCUGCCAUAUUUUUCAGGAGGACCUUGCUAUUGACAAUCUCAGAUGGCUGUUUACUGAAACAAUGCUGCUGUUAAAGAGAAGUACGGUUGAAAGUAUUGAUAUCAGAAUUGUAAAGUCACAGAGCAUUAUUAUUAUUAUGACCUGCAAUGACUGCAGAUUGAGGAGAUGCAGAUUUUGUGCCAAAUGACUGCAGAAUGUAAAGAUGAUAAGAUUGUGAGAGAGUGGGAAAAUGUUUGACAGAUGAUGAGACAGAGCGGUAUGUUUUAUUAAGCUACAAAAUGUUAUUACCGUGAUGUCAGUCAAAGUUACCAACAGCUGCUUCUCUGUUUGGAUGAUUUCAAAGUGCUCAUUUAAUUCAAGAGUUAAGGUAAAAUUGAUUACAGGGUAGGACACUGAGGAUGUUAUUUACUGUGGUUAUUACUGAAUUGUAACCAUAUCUGUUUUAAUACUGAAAAGCAACAGUGUUAAACAAGUAUGCCUCUAUGUAUCAACAUUUCUUUUCAAUUCAAACUUUGUAAAAGCUGUAGAAAAAUAAUGGACAGGGUUACAAGUGGUCUCAGUUUGGUUUUGAAUGACUGUCAUACCAUUGCUGUGCCUUAAACACUUUUACCUUGCAAAAUCAAGGGCAAGCAGAACAUCAGUGACAUUACAUUUGCUUCAUUGCUUCAACCAAUGAAAUUAGGGGGAUUUGAUGGCUAUUCUUUUGCUUUAUAUGCAGUCCAAAAAACUGCAUCAGUUCUCCACACAUACGGUACAAUGUUGGCCUUGGCCUAAUACUUUAUGUUGCCACUUGAAUAGUAAGAUGUGUAUGGUUAUGUGGAUGAACUGAUUUAUCAAGAUGUUCAAAUGUUCUGGGAAACUGUGGCAGAGGGAGAAGUGAAUGAUGCAGUUCCCUUUCGAACCUAUUAUUGAAAUCAUUUGAGACAUUUUGUGUUGUUUAAAUUUGCUCUCAGUUGACUGACCCAAAGCUGCUUUACUUCUACACACCCGAGUUAUGCUACCAAACAUGCAAAAACCUUUCUUGCAAACAAAUCUUAAGUUACUGAAAAAUAAGAGUGCAACAAGAAAGCUGUAACAAAUCAAACUACUUGUGUUUACAUUGUUGAGACAAAAUUAUUCAUCAGGAGCAUUCACAGAUUUGCACAUUGACGGGACAUGAAAGUUUCAUUGUUAUGGUAAAAAAUAUCAUUUAAGUUUGAAUGCCCAGCUUACACAAACACACCCACACAUUAAGGGUUUAUUCCAUGUGUGUACACCUGCCAUUUAAAAUGCACUUUGAUUUAACAGCCUUCGAACAUGACAACAUGCUGUAGCUUCCACAGAUAACUAGUCCAUCCCAUCAGAAAGCUGCAAUAAUUUUGUUAUGUGGCAUCGAGGACAACUACACGGUUAAACACACAUUUUUCUCUACAAUGAUCCACACAUGACAAUAAAAAACUGAGAUUCUUACCCACACACCCAAGGAGAACCAAAACGAUUUAUAUUAUCUGAAGACUGAAAAAUGUGGACAACUAAUCAUAUGUUUAUACUGUGAGAGUUUUGUAUGAAUCUGAUGAAUGUGAAAGUUUCUGUAGAACUCCAGUAGUGUAAUCAUUCUCCGGUCUUACUCAGCUUGUAUUUGUGAAAAAUAGGUUGAGGAUUCUAUCGGAUGUGAAAACAUGAAUCUCAGUUGACAUGAUGGUUAGACUGAUAGGAAGAUGAAGUUUAGGUGUUGAGUUGUUUACUAAAGCAGACUGUAUGUUUCAGUACUAACACUGAAUGGAAACAGUAGAGUUGUAACACUGUGUAGCUGCUGGUUAGUUUGCCUUUGCCUUCUCUAUAUACUAAUCAGUUUGUUUGCAAUCAUACAAAAUUGUAACACAAUCCAAAUGAAGAAACUAACUUUUCACUCUGCUAGAUACGUUACUUCUUUUUAUGAAGAGGAUUAUGAAAGUGUAUUUUUCUAAACUGUAUGUUUGUACCUGUCGACUGUUUCUACACUGAUGUGAGUGUGGGAGAACACAUUGUAAUAAUAAUGUCUGUAGAGCUUAUCUAAACAAAACUCAACAAAGAUUUUUGUACACUAUAUGACUUGAAAAUAAACCAGAUUUGAAUUCUUAA